CGUUUUCUCCGGGGAGCCGUGGCUGUGACCGAGGUGGCCUGCCUCAGGCGGCCAGGUACGUAGGUUCGGCAUCUUGGCUUGAGCUGCGGUGGAAGCGAGUGGGCGGGCCGUCAGAGCAGGGGUGUCGCCGGGACCCGAACUCCCACGUCCACUUAGAGCCCGUCGUUGUGCGAAGCGGCCACGUCUGAGCCCCGGGGGCGGACCCGUGCUGGGGAUAUCGCCGUGUGACCUCGACCAGGAUACCCGCUCCCAAGGUCUUGUCCUGUUGAUGAACGCCGUCCGGUCCCUGAUGGGUACCCCCGCCUCUGUGGUGAGCGAGCCACCCCCCUGGCAGGCCCCGACGGAAGCCCGGGGCCGCAAGCAGGCCUCGGCCAACAUCUUCCAGGACGCUGAGCUGCUGCAGAUCCAGGGCCUGUUUCACUGCAGCGGGGACCAGCUGGCCGAGGAACGAGCGCAGGUCAUCUGGGAGUGUGCAGGGGACCACCGUGUGGCGGAGGCCUUGAAGAGGCUGCGCAGGAAGAGGCCCCCUCGGCAGAAGCCCCUGGGCCCCUCGCUACACCACUGCAGCCGGCUCAGAAUCACAGAGCCCCGCGCUCCACCGGCUGACCCACAGAGCAGUGCCACGGAGAUGGCUUCCAGCGAGCAGUAUGUGAACUCCAGGAGGACCAAUGCCAGGAUCCGCCGGAACUGGAGGAAGCCAGGUCCCACAAGCUACCUUCAUCAGAUCAGACACUGAUCCGGGGAAGGGGCUGGGAACAGCUGUAUCUUCCCCAGGAUUCAUAGGGACUUUUGCCAAAGGGCCUGGGGAGGCGAAGAAGGAAGAGAGCUGAGGCAGACAGCCCCACUGCUGCCACUGGCCUGCUCGAGUCAGAACAGGCCCGAAGGCUUCCACUGAGCUGUUAUACGGGACCCAUUCCUCACCAGACUGAGGAGAAACAGUGACCGUUCCUGCCUCAGCCCUUCUCAAUUUAACACUAUACCUGGGCUGCAUGAUAUUCCCCUGGGAGUCAAGGACAGGCACUCAGACUCAGCAUCUCACCACUCCUGCUACUGACCCUCCUACUACUACUGUAACCUGUGGUCCAGCAGCUUGUCCCACACCCCUGCCCCUUCAGGCCAGCACAAGGAAACCAUAGUUUAAGUGGCAAAAUAAAACCAUUCGCAUCAAGAGCUUUGUGAGUCUGUCACAGAAGAGGAAGAUCCAGAAUGGACACUGGAGCUGGGGGUGAGGCACUGGGUCGCUGCAGGGAGGGAAGGAAGGAGAAAAUAGGGCUGGCCUCCUUUACCAGAGGCUGUCAGACUGGGAGGCGAGAUGGAAGCCUCUCCGUAGGCAGUCCUGGUCCGAGGGGAGGAGAGAGGGUUCUUGGCCCCUAGCCAGCUCUGGAAGGGGAGACUAUUACAGUCAGCCCUGCACAGUGGGCAGUGACCCUAGGCCAGAUGAGUCUGCCAUCAGUGUAGUGCGCACCAGCUCCUCAGCUGGCUUCUGCAUCCCUGUGGACCAACCAUCCUGAGGCAGCUCGACAGCUGCACCGAUCAUGCCUUUUGCAUUACUGAGGUUUCCUGUAGCCUGAAAACCCUUGAGGUGAGGAUUUUUGACUACUAUUCUGGCUUUGGCUCAAAAGAAGCCUACUACAUGUUCAUUAGCAUUCAGCUCCCCUCACACCCAUCCUAUCUGCUUGAUUAUCCGUCACUUAAAGGAGCCAGGGUUCACAUUGCUCCAAGUGGGCAGUGAUGCACACACAGAGCAGAGCUGCCCUCUUACGGCCAAAAAGAGAAGCCAGUCCACAUUCCUUACCCCAAACCGUUGGGAGACAUGAUUUUGUAAUUUAGAAUUUUUUUGGCUUUUAGAAAGGAGUCAUUGCAAAAACUGUAUAAUCCCUAUUGGGGGAACAUCUCGUAACAGAACACUAAUAUUUCUGCAACAAAUAUUCACAGUAAAAGGGAUACAUGAUGAUUACAAAUAGCUUUGCAUCUGUGUAGGUGCAGGUCAGGUGUUGGUGUCAAAUGAGUUAUGAAAAUAUUUUGGGAAAUGAGGACCUGUACCUUGCUCUGCUAGAGGAAAAGAGACUCAGGAGCCAUAUCUCAGUAACUCCAUGGCAACACAGGGUUCUUUGUCCUUAAAAUUGCAUCCUACCUUGUCUUCCUUCCACCAAAGAAAACUAGACAAAAAAGGUCAGAAUUGGACUUGUUAUUCAUACAUCUGCAUUGAUUUAAAUACAUUACAUACAAUUUCUACAGUGCAUUAGAACAAUACAGAGGCAGCAGCACUCUACAGCCCAGCCUCUACUCCCUGACGCUGGGAGACAGGGCCCGUGGCUGGCAGAGGGCCGGGCGGUUCCACGAGUGCCGCCCAGAAACCUGCCUCGGCACUCUGGGCCCUAGCUCUCCCAAAGUCCACAUUCAAGGCCACCUGAGUACAGGCUUCAAGGAGAACGGAUGUGGGCCAGGAAAGGAUGCCCCAUACUCUUUGGCCUGCCAGGACCGGGACCAGCUCCCUCUUACGUAGGACCCAAUUUCCUUCUCAUCCCAGAGCUGGUCUGCCUGAGGACAAUGUGCAGAUCUGCUCAGUGAGGGAAGCAACCGGGCUCUUUAGACUGCUCAGGCCCUCUCAGCACCCAGGUGGGGCACUUCACCAACACGUCUGUACACAGAUGUCUGGAGAGCUAAACACAUCUGGGUCCCCUCCGGCCUCUGGGAGCCCUGCUGCUCCCAUGUUCUCGCAAACGUGGUCCCCAAGGCCAGAGUCGGGGUCGGCUCAAUGGGAUUGUCAGGGCUGGGGCCGGCGGGGAGCUGUGCCUUGUCCACAGGGCAUGCGUACCCAGCUCCAGAGACUCUUCCUGUCAGCGGGUGGAAGCCCAGGAUAAGCUGGCUCCUGGGGGCUGGACUGGAAGGGGCCCAGCCUGGCGCAGCUGACGAGAGAGCUGCACACCUCCUGCAUGGCGGGAGCUAGGCAAGCAGAGGGAACACAGCCAUAGUCCUUGCUCCCUUUCUUUGGUUGUUCUUCAAACCUUCGAGAUAGUUUCUUUCCAAGGAUGACUGACCAAUCGCAGGACGCCGGAAACUUGAAACGUCCAGUAGCACAGGGCUGCCCCAUAGCCACAGGUGGCACCCUCUUUACUCCCCACUGAGGCCAUUCUUUGCUUUGGUGUAGAAAGGGCUCGGACAGCUGGUAAGGGGGACGGACAGCUGAGGGAAGAGAGACAUGGAAGCAGGAAGAUGCACACUGGGCUGGGCAGCCACCGGGGGGCAGUGUGAAGGCCUCUCUCCUUAGGGCCCUGCCUUUCUCAAGAAGCCGUGGAAAAACUGGCCUGGAACAAGAAGUUGGGGAGCAAAGGGAAGCUGCCAACCAGGAGGCGGAACACAAGUCCUGUUACCUCCAGCAAGCAGCAGUGGUAGCGGAAAAAAAAGUCCAAGGACCUAAUAUCCUGUCCUCUUAUGUGCUGAGACCUCCCCCAGAACCCUCACCGAGAGCCACUCCAGAACCGAGAACUGAAGCACUAACUCAAGAGUUGAGAACAAAACAUCUAAAACAACAGGAACAAAUUAGCAGACUGGGAGAGUUUGUUACCUUUGGCUACGGCCAAGGACUAAGGAAGCAAGGCUUGGUUAGUAAAGAUACAGAAGACGACGAUGACGACUCAGCUGGGGAGAGUUCAGAGACGUGGCUGUGGGACUGGAUCGUGGGACAGUUUUCCAGAAAGGCAAGUGGAACAUAAAGGCUUAAAAGUGAACAGGCCCUCUGACUCAGCAACUCCAUUUUUAAGGACUAAGGGAACAAUCACUGACAUGCACAAAACACUUAGUUUCAAUCAAUACAGUGCAGUAUUGUUUGUAACAGUGAAAAUGAUAUAAAUACCUGAGAGUAUGGGAUCAGCUAAUAACUUAAGGGAUUAGAAACAAGCAGUUAAAAAAUGUAUUCUCUUGGCAUGGAAAACUGAUCACAAUGUCUUAGAUGGAAAAGAAAGGAGAUAAGGAACCGGUAUUAUAGUGUGGCCCCACCUUUAUUUUUUUAUCUACUUUAUCCACAGAGAAAAAAAGUCUAGAAGUGAUUGGCAGUGAUUAUCUCUGGGUCAAGGAAGGUGACCUAGAGAUAGGGUGAUUUUUGUUUAUCCUUAUUUUCUGAUUUUCCUACAAAGACCAUGUAUGAAACCAAAAAAAGCCAUUUCAGUUGAAUUGUCCCUCUCAUGCUGUCUUUUCAUCAUCUUUUUUUUAAAUAAAAUUUUUACUUUGGAAUAAUUUUAUACUUACAGAAAAGUUACAAAGAUAGUACAGACAGUUUCUAUGCACCAUUUACCCAAUUUCUCCUAAUUUUAUCAUCUUAUAUAACCGUGGUACAUUUACCAAAACUAGGAAAUCAACAUUGGAACAUUAGUAUUAACCACACUCCAGGCUUAAUUCGGAUUUCAUUAGCUUUUCCAGUACUGUUCUUUUUCUGUUCCAAGAUGCCACAGUGCAUUCAGCUCCUUUCCAAUUUUUGUCUGUAUUUUACAUAUAUUUCAGAUAUAAAUGUGUUCCAAAGGAACACAUUUUCUUCCCCUUGUCAAAAUCAUAGUCACCACCAUUUAUCUUCUCUGGUAGGACAGUACAAAAGCUGAAGUUGUCCUAUGACAGCCUUCUUUAAACCACUGGAUGUUGAAGAUUUUCACAGCCAGGCCAGACACAUGGGACGGGAAGCUAGGUGGCACCCCCAAAUCACACAGGCCUCAAGCCAUAAAUAUCCUUGGCCUACAAGUGCUGUCCCAAAAGAGGCAGAGAUUCAACCUGGAACAGAGGUCAGAAGUGAGAAGUCGAUCCUACCAGUAAUUAAUUUCUUUUUUACUUCAUUGUUUUGGUAUUGCCAGCACCCUACACUGCUUCGAAGAGCCUUGAGUACAAGAUCAGGCCAGAGAACUAAAAGGAGGUUCAAAUGGAAUUAGAGUGAGUUGUGCAGGAGACCGCGCAACUUCAGAGACGGGAGUUUACACCUGCCCUGGCUGGGCCUCCCGGUGCUUUCUUUGGUUCUCCGGGUUAGAAGCCACCUUUCCAGCAUGUUUAAGUCUUUGGGGUAAAAUGUCAAACUGUCUACAACUUACUUUCAAAAGAUUUGGCCAAAAACAAACAAACAAAAUCUAUCUAUCUAGGGAGAGAGACAAAUUAUAUAGAUAUAUUAAAGAGAGGAAUUAUAUAGAUAUAUAGAGAUAGAUACUAUUCAGAUAGAUAAUAUUUAGAGAAAUAAGAUAAAGCAAAUGUGGCUAACUAAAUGUAACAAUUGGUGAGUCUAGAAGGCCCCACUCACUCUUUCAGUUUUACUGAGGUUUGAAAUGUUUCAAAUUAAAAAGUUGAAGAAGAAUUUAUAGCAGGCACAUAAUGCCAAAAAAGAAAUACUGUCUUUGAAAAUGUUAUCUAAAGAAGCUUUCCCUCAGACCCUGCAUUCUUUAUCUAACUCCUGGUUAGAAGCCUUUAUGGUGAGGAACAACUUCUAUCACCCAACUCCAUCUCUCUAGGGGCUCCUCAUUCUUCACCUUUGACUCUGGGCCAUUGUACAGCCCACUCUGUGAUUACAGCUCAGGUAGGUAGAAGGUGGUGCCUUCCUUUCACCUGUAUGCUAGGAGGAGGAGCUGGACUCUCAUGGAACCUUAUGGUUUCAGAGGGAGGCACUCUAGGUUGUUAAGAUGCCACAGGCCCUCAAAGGACAUUAAGAGCACAAGUUGGAAAGAAAGCUAAGAUUGCACUCUCUCAAUCCACCCCCCCAACCCUGCCUUUUGCUACUCUAGAUAAUGGUCCUAACUAAAUAUCAUGAGAGGAAGAUUGCUAUGAUGUUGGCAAGAGACUGGAGCUGGGAAGGGAUUAGAGAAGAAACUACAAUAGGGACAGAGGUACAGCCUACAUAAACUUGAGAAGUUUGUGCCUUUAUGCUGAGUUCCAUAAUACCAGACUACAUCACGUGGCUUUUAAGGUUUCUAAAAAUUCUGCCAGCCUAACUGGGCCCUUACAUUAUUUAGGAAAUGUAGGAAGACCAUGUUACGGUAUUCAGGCGGCUAUAAUAACUGCAGCUCUUAAAACCUGUCUGUCCCAUUUCUAGAGAAGAUGGGCUCGGUAAGCUCAAGAGUUGCUCUCACCAGAAGCCUUUUGCUAAAUGGAAGAAAGAGGUAAAUGUAUAAUUAUGACUGAGAAAACCCUCUUGUCCUUCAAAGAUGUGAGAAGCUGUAUACAAAAUCAUAAUCAAAAGAGCUAACCCAUAUUGAGUACUUCAGUACACCAGCACUACUCCAACUGUUUUCAAUGAUUUAUCUCAUAAUAACCCUACGAGGUAGGUGCUGUUAUUAAUCCCAUGUUACAGAUGGAGAAACUAAAAGAAGGAGAGAUUAAGUAACUCGACCAAGACCUCAUAGCUAGUAAAUGGCAGAGCCAGGAUUCAAACCAGGCACUCUGACCAGUUUGUGCCCUAACCACUUAGCCAUCCCAGCUAUCUUUAAGACUUCAAAGUGAUAAGCAGAAUGUCAGUGUCCUACAGAGUUUUUAGACAAUUUUCAAGCUAUUCUUUACUAUGCUUUGGAAGGUCAACAACACCCUGGGGGUUUCCUUGGUUCUCUUUGAAGGUGAAGUGGAGAAAAAAGAAAUAAUAUGGCUUGUAACUAUAACAACAAAAAUUAUAACCAUGACCAGCAUCUGAGUGCUUACCACGUGCCAGGCAUUGUUUUUACUAAACACUUGAUACACAUUAUCUUAUGUAAUCCUCUGGCCAACUAUGCAAACUAUGAUUACUGUCCCAUUUUAUAAACAAGGAAGCAGAGACUCCUGCCCCAGGCCAUAGUGCUGGGAAUGGUGCGGCAGCAGGCUGACUCCGGAGCCUAGCUCUUAACCACCAAGGCAUGUGGCUGCCUUGCGCAACUUGAGGACACAGACCACCAGGUGAAUCUACCAAUGAACUACCCAGCAAGCGGCGCAGAGCUAAGCCAUAGUAAGUGCUUCACCAAGCACCAGAUACCAUGGAAGAGGUGGGAGAUUUGGGAUGGCUACUUUUCCUCUCAGGUGUUAACGGAGAGUUACAAAUAUGUAUGGCAUAGACUAAAAUGGAUUUAAAAUACAAGCUUUACACAUUUACUCAACAUGAGCAUAAAACCCUGUCAGAGAGAUCCCAGGGAUGACACCAGGAGGAUGUUCCAGGCUUACCUGUCCCCGCAUGACAGCAAUCUGCUUAUGGAACUGGCCCCUAUCGAAACCAGGAUCUUUCUGCAAAAGAAGGGCAGAAGGAGAUGGAACCUGCAUGAAUCCCUCAGAAGAACCUGUUUUCCUCCCCCAAUGAGAAACUUUCUAAUAAAGAGAACCUACAUGAA